AUGGUCGCUCUCUGGAUUCUAUAUUUGUCUUUGCAUUUAUUUUGCAUCGUCAACGCAUCAAGUCUACCAGAUAAUUCUCCUUACAAAUCUGCAGACCAAAUUAUAUGGGCUGAAAUAUCUUCAAACACUACGUUCUGCUGCAACUUAACAUUCAAAGAAUCAGAAGCACUGCAGUUGAGAGUGAAUGACCAACGAAUUUCUUCCUCAGUUAAAAGACCUGGCGAAGAUAUCAAAAGAUAUAUUUCUCCGUCAGCCAAAGCCUGGAACAUAAACGAAGCAGUCAAAAAUGAUAUCUGCCUGACAAAAAUCAAUAAUAAUCCUGACGAAAUAGAAAAUCCUCCCCAAAUUAUUUGUGAAAAAUCUGCAGAUUAUGGUCUGGGAGAAACCUUGGAAAAAAAGUCCAUUACUUUAAAGUUUUACGAACAAGCCAAAAUCGUUAAAUUUCCAAAAAGUCUUAAAUUUAGAGAAGGAUCAAAUCAAGUAACUGAAUGCAGUGCUACUGGAUUUCCUGACUUAUAUGUCGUCUGGCGCUUGAAGAAUGGUUCAAUCUUGAAACACUCUCAUCAACUUAAAUCAUCCAUUAGUAAAAACAAUACACGAUUAAUUAAUCUUCCAUUGGAAUUGUCAAACAUUCGUUCGGAUCAACAUGGUGAUGUAUAUGUUUGUGAAGCGGGCAUAAAUUCUGCAGUUAAUCAAAAGCCAGUUAUUGAAGAAUUGAUGCUUGAAGUCAAUUUAUAUCCGAAAAUUCAUAUGUCCGACAGUGUAAUCUACACAGAUAUUGGUGUUGAAGAAAGAUUCAAUAUUCUGGUAACAGGUUAUCCAACUCCUACAUUGACCUGCAAUGAUCUACCAGUUGGUGAUGCACACAUGUUAUCCAAUAAACCUCAGGGCGGAACAUGGGCAUAUCGUGUUGUAUUAAAUCAGAUUACAUCACAACAUUUACAUGAGUAUAUGUGCAAAGCAAAUAACAGUUUAGGCAGUGUAAAUCAAAAGUUAGAAGUGACUGUUGCUCCAGCACCUCCGAAAAUUUUAUCCUCGAAUUCAACAGAAUUUGCUGAUUACUAUCUAUUGCAUUGGACAACAAAUUCCCGUGCACCAUUAAAGAAUGUCACUGUUACUAUAAGUGAAAUAUCAGCGAAUACAGAAUCUAGUGCUGGUAGUUCGAUAGUUCCACGUUCUCCAGUACUUCAUGAACGUGUAUUUAAUUUGGAAGAUGAUAAAAUUGAUACAACUUCUACAGUGAUUCAACAUAUACAAUCGAAUUCGACUAAUUUAAAACAAAUUUGGCAUCAUUUACCAAAUCUUAGUUCAGAUACACGUCAUGAUAUUAGCUUAAGUGUUUGCAAUACUUAUGCAUGUUCAAAAUCAUCAGCAUUAAACAGUCGAUUUGGUAGUUCCUCAAGUAGAUUUACAUUUAAAACACCUGAAUUUGAUGGUUCAAAUAAAAUUAAUCCAUCUCUAUUACAACGAAGUCCAAAAGAUCUUCUAUCAUUGGAUGGUGAUGAAAUUAGUAAGUCUAUUACAAAUUCUACUUGUUUACGUUUAUCUCAAUGA